GCCGUCACACGCGAGCACGUGUCUUUCGGUCGGUGUGUAUCACAGCGUGCGCGCGUGUCCUGUGCGCGAGCGAGAAAGACUCGCGCCUUCUCCGAGAGCGCGCGGAGAACUCUUAUACCUAUCCAAUUCGAGUUGAACUCCCGGCGAGUAGUCCUCUCGUAAACUGGCGUCGAGAAGCAGAUCCUUCUCGUUAUUUUAUAACAAUCGAGCCUACGGCUCGUCCUCGAUCGUCGCAUUUUAUUCCAUCGCGUUCUCCUCUCGUGGCAAACUAUUUUUCAUUUUACCUCUGAUCCUUUGUUCAGCCGCCAUUUUGUUGGCCAAACGAUUUGCCAGCGAUAAUAGUCGACGAAUCAACGAGACGGGGAUCAGUCUCGCGAUCGGAUCAAAAAAUUUCACGACUCCGAACUCGACGAGGAACCCGUUAGCCAGCACCAACGGGACGAUCGAGAAUACUUGUACCGAACGAGAGACCGGCCAUUUUGGUCCCACCGCCGGGAUAUCCUGCAAAUCGACCGUAAAAUCUUACGUUUCUCAGUGGAAGAAAAAACGCGCUCAAGUACGUGAACGACGUCGCGGAGUUCCCGCUCCGGGACGUCGCCGACAGCAUCGUUAUCAUCGGAGAAUCGGCCGGAAGCGCACCAUUCGACACUGGCGGCGAACAACGGCCGGCAACCCGGACGGGCUCCCUCGGUCCGACGCGUCGAAAUUAUUGCGCCAUCAACGCAACUCGGACUCUCCCGCUCUCAGAUUCCUCCACAAUUUGGCUUUUCUCUUUUUACCGACGGUAGCCAUAUUUGCCAAACCAGCCGCCAAAAUUAUCGCCCUCUUCAUCGGCCUCGUCGAUCCUCUUCUUCGCGGAGAUUUCACCAUUUUUACCGGAAUAUUUCGAUCUCUCCGAAAUCCUGCUUGCCCCAAUUUUAACGACAUCGAAAUUCGGCAUUUCGCCUCUCAAACUCACGAAAGGACUUUUCAUCCCAAUUCCCACUCGAAUCACCGCUAAAAACUCGCAUCUUCGAUCCUCCUCGUUGCGCUCGUCGUUGUUCGACUCAGCCCGCCGAACAAAGCGCGCUUCCACGAUGAACCGCUUUCAACGAUCAACCAAAAAGUCAGCAGUGGUGAUCGCCGCGUUGUGCCUCGCCGGAAGUGCUUCCCGUCGGAAGAUCCAGCACACCGCGACAAGCGACCGCAUUGAUUAUACUAUUUGAAACAUUUAUUUCUUCAUAUUUUGCGAUAAUCGCGCGAAUCUUUUGAGGAAAUGGUCGCUCAGGACAUGGCACAGAGCUACAAUCGGCUCUUUCACACGAACCAGGAACCCCAAGAAUUCAUUUCCUUGGAUGAACUUCCUCCCCCCCAUCGUAUUCACAACGAGAGCCAAACUUGUCCGCGCCAACAUCAAUGGCUCUCGACAUCCGGCACAACCGCCCAUCUUUAUCCAUCUUCCGCGUUGAGAAAUUGCCGGAACCCCGACGACGAGCAAGACGACGCUGACGUUGAAAACGACAACGAUUCUGCUUCUCGAUCGACCAAACAUGUUCAACAACGAACUUAUUACAAUUUAUCCUCCGCCAUUCAACGUGAUUCCUGCAGCGCCGUUUAUUUCGGUGGAGCUGAUAAUAAUUCAAGAAUCAUCGGUGAUAGGGAGACGGGAGCCGUCGACGAUCGUCAAACGUGCAACAACGAUCCGAAUUUAAUAAUCGAUCCGAUCCACACCGAUAAUGACAGCAAUUCCGAACAAACGACCAACAAAAGAUCCCGACCGAUUUGGGCUCGGGUGCGGGACGAUGCGUUGACGAGCGGCGAUAAUCAUCGACGACGACGUCAUCCUCAUCAUUCGCGACUCGAGAAUCGAUUUCAAAUCGACGACAGUCCCAGCUUGGACGAAACAAACUCCGAACCCUGUGACGAUUUUUCACCGGGCCUUACGAACAAACGAAAAAUUUCUCUACAGGACGAUAACGAAUCGACGGAUGCAAUCGGUGACGAGCCAAAGUUCGCCAAGCCCAACACCGAUAGCAAAAAACAAAAUCACAGCGAAAUUGAGAAACGGCGACGCGACAAAAUGAACACCUACAUAACCGAACUCUCGGCGAUGAUACCCAUGUGCCACGCAAUGUCAAGGAAGUUGGACAAAUUGACCGUCCUCCGAAUGGCGGUGCAACAUUUAAAAACAAUCCUCGGAGCGGUCACAUCUUAUACGGAGGUUCAUUACAAACCUACUUUUAUCAGCGACCAAGAGCUCAAAACACUCAUUCUUCAAGCAGCCGAGGGAUUUGUCUUCGUUGUGGGAUGCGAUCGAGGUAGAAUUUUAUACGUUUCGGAAUCUGUUUCUCAGAUUCUCAACUACACACAGGAUGAUCUCUUGGGACAGAGUUGGUUCGACAUUCUCCAUCCAAAGGACGUGGCCAAAGUGAAGGAACAACUUUCUUCGUCUGAUCUCAGCCCGCGUGAGAGAUUAAUAGACGCCAAGACCAUGUUACCUGUCAAAACGGACGUUCCUCAAGGAGUUUCAAGACUGUGUCCAGGCGCGAGAAGAUCGUUUUUCUGUCGCAUGAAACGGAAACUCGACGUUACCGGAUCUUCCGAAGAAUCUCAAGUCAAAGAGGAAGCUUAUACCGGGACGAGAUGUCACAGAAGAAAAAAACAACAAACCGUGGAUUGGAAAUAUUGCGUGAUACAUUGCACCGGGUAUUUAAAAUCUUGGGCGCCGGCGAAAAUUGGCUUGGAGGAACACGAGGGUGACGGGGAUGGUGAAGGGUGUAGCCUCUCCUGUCUCGUUGCAGUUGGACGAAUACAGCCUGCAUUGCCGUCUUUAUCCAGAGGCCCGAACGCUGCACCGUUGAAGACCGUCGAGUUCAUUUCACGUCACGCCAUCGACGGAAAAUUUCUCUUUGUGGAUCAGAGGUCUACUCUCGUUCUUGGUUUUUUACCGCAAGAACUUUUGGGCACUAGUUUGUACGAGUACUUUCAUCACGACGACAUUCCACAUUUAGCCGAUUCUCACAAAGCUGCCCUCCAAGGAACCGAAAAUGUCAUUACCAGGAUAUACAGGUUCAGAGCAAAGGAUUCGAAUUUCGUUAAAUUGCAGUCGCACUGGAAGUCUUUUAGAAAUCCUUGGACAAAAGAUAUCGAAUAUCUUAUAUCAAAAAAUUCGGCCGUGUACUGCGACACGGGCCAAGUCGACAGUAGCGUAAACAGAUCCGAGGGUUUAAGCGUAAAGGACAAUUAUGAUUAUUUCGCUGAAAGCAACGGUGGAUUGGAGAGGCUAAUUUCGAGUCACGUAGAAAUGAGUAAGAUCGGACGUAGAAUAGCGGAACAAGUUUUGGAUAAUCAAAGAAGAAACGAGGACUCUUGCUCGGUCAGCAGUCCAAAUUCUAUAGCGCAGGAGCGUGGAUCUACCAAUACUGAAUUUCAGGUUACAAAUAUAGUUGCCUCCGAAAACAUUCGAGAUAUUUCACAUUUGACUAGUUUGGGUAGUGCCGAAAAUCGUAUGAACAGCGGCGCCGGUCAAACUAUCGAUUACAAUCCACACAUUGGCCGAGACAGCGUGCACGCUGGCAACGGUAUGGCGAAUGCUCAAGGUACGCAACCGGACGAUGAUAUGCUGGAAAUGAUCGGUGGAACAGUGCUCAAUGAAUCGCCGAACGCAUUGCCCUCGGACGGUAACGAUGAAGCCGCGAUGGCGGUAAUAAUGAGUUUAUUGGAAGCGGACGCGGGACUUGGUGGACCGGUGGAUUUUUCAGGAUUACCGUGGCCACUUCCUUAACAUCGUGAUCGUUCGGGUUAUAUUUGGCAUAUAAUCGUCAAAUAAAUUAACUUCAACGACAUCUCUGCCGAAUAUUAAUACUAUACGCGGACAUUAGUAUUAGAAGAGAAAAAUCUGAAGGGUGAAAAAAUCAAGGGGUUUUCAUCUCGAUGCUUUUGCGGCGAAUCAUCGUAAAAAAUAUUAUAUAUAUUCUCUAUUGAACGAUAUUUGUUUCAACGAUUGUUGUUGUAUUAGCGAAUGUUUCCGUGGCUUCUUCAAUCGUCGCUAGAAAAUUUUGGCCAAACGUUAAUUCAUUAUGGAAAAAUAAUAAUAAUAAUAAUAAUAAACAGAAUAAGAAUA